CCACAGUAAGAGAAAGACAUGAAGUAUUUUUAAUGAAAUUCUGCAUUUGAUCAAGCUGCUGAAAAUGGAUGUGAACAUUUUCUCCUGUGAGUUUUUGAUAAAUGGACAUUGACAUGGACUACGAAAGACCCAACGUUGAAACUAUCAAGUGUGUGGUGGUUGGAGAUAAUGCAGUGGGAAAGACUCGUCUGAUCUGUGCGAGAGCCUGCAACACAACCUUGACUCAGUAUCAGCUGCUGGCAACGCACGUCCCAACCGUCUGGGCCAUUGAUCAGUACCGUGUCUGCCAGGAGGUCCUUGAACGCUCAAGAGAUGUUGUGGAUGAAGUGAGUGUCUCCCUCAGGCUGUGGGAUACUUUUGGGGACCACCACAAAGACAGGCGCUUUGCCUAUGGAAGGUCCGAUGUUGUUGUUCUGUGCUUUUCAAUUGCUAAUCCUAAUUCCCUGAAUCAUGUGAAAACAAUGUGGUAUCAAGAAAUCAAGCACUUCUGUCCUCGCACACCUGUCAUUCUGGUGGGCUGCCAGCUGGAUCUCCGCUAUGCAGAUCUCGAGGCUGUUAACAGAGCCAGACGGCCUUUGGCAAGGCCGAUAAAAAGGGGAGACAUUUUGCCACCAGAGAGAGGCAGAGAGGUUGCCAAGGAACUCGGGAUACCCUACUAUGAAACCAGUGUAUUUGACCAGUUUGGGAUUAAAGAUGUGUUUGACAAUGCAAUUAGAGCUGCUCUGAUCUCCAGAAGACACCUGCAGUUCUGGAAGUCUCAUUUGAAGAAGGUCCAAAAACCUUUGCUUCAGGCUCCAUUCCUACCUCCAAAAGCCCCUCCUCCGGUUAUCAAAAUCCCCGAGUGUCCCAUGCCGAGCAUGAAUGAAGCUGGAUAUUUACUGGACAGCCCGCUGUGUGCAGAUGUCAUGUUUGUUCUUCAGGAGCAGGACUGCAUUUUUGCUCACAAGAUUUACCUAGCUACCUCCUCUUCAAAGUUUUAUGACCUUUUCUUAAUGGAAUGUGAGGGAAGUCCAUACUUAGAUGAAACACAGUGUAAUAGAGAAAAUACAAAUACGGAUGUUCUGACAAGUCACCUCGAGACAAACAGUAACAGUGAUGAGGCAUCCUUGAAAUCUUCUGAUGUUAAAAUUCCCCCACCAGAAAGCAGUGAGUCUCUAAGCAUGCUAGAACCUGAAUCUGGUGAAAUAAACUCUGCAGCAAGAUCUCUCUCAUCCUGGGGUAAGGGGUUUGUUAGUGUGCAUAAGGAAAUGCAAGUGAAUCCUGUCUCAAAGCGGACGUGUCCUGUCACUGUGGUAAAAAUGGAUUCGUCUGUGCAGGCCACACCUUUUAAAACUGUUUUGCAGUUUUUAUACACAGGCCAACUGGAUGAAAACGAAAAAGACCUCACCAGACUGGCUCAGAUUGCUGAAAUCUUGGAAGUAUUUGACUUGCGAAUGAUGGUGGAGAAUAUAAUGAAUAAAGAAGCCUUCAUGAAUCAAGAGAUUACUAAAGCAUUUCAUGUCAGAAAAGCCAAUCGGAUAAAAGAGUGCCUUUGCAAAGGGACAUUUUCCGAUGUGACAUUUAAAUUGGAUGAUGGAAGCAUCAAGGCCCACAAGCCACUGCUGAUCUGCAGCUGUGAGUGGAUGUCUGCUAUGUUUGGAGGAUCAUUUAUUGAAAGCUCCAACAGUGAGGUAGUUCUGCCCAACAUAAACAAGACCUCCAUGCAAGCAGUUUUAGAUUACUUGUAUACCAAGCAACUAUCCUCCAGUCAGGAACUGGAUACCCUUGAGUUAAUUGCAUUGGCAAAUAGGUUUUGCCUUCCUCACCUGAUUGCUCUAGCAGAGCAGCAUGCAGUGCAAGAGCUGACAAAGGCCUCCAUGAGCGGCGUUGCAAUAGAUGGAGAAGUCCUCUCCUAUUUGGAACUGGCACAGUUUCACAAUGCUAACCAGCUGGCAGCUUGGUGCUUGCACUACAUCUGCACCAAUUACAACAGCGUUUGCUCCAAAUUCCGCAAGGAAAUCAAAGCUAAAUCUUCAGAUAAUCAAGAGUAUUUUGAGAGGCAUCGGUGGCCGCCCGUGUGGUAUUUAAAGGAAGAAGAUCACUACCAGCGAGUUAAAAAGGAGAGAGAAAAGGAAGAUGUUGCACUGAACAAACAUCAUUCAAAGCGGAAGUGGUGCUUCUGGAAUUCCUCUGCUGUAGUUGCCUGAACAAAGCAAAUAAGUGGAAAUUCACAGCCAGAAAUUAAUCUUAUUGUUAGAAAUAAGAUAUAGUUCAGAUUUUCAGGAAGCUGUGUUCCACAUGUGCAUUUAUUACUGCUAGGGUCAAAAGCACAAUCUCACUGAAAAUGAGCCUGGAACAGCUCCUUGAAGUCAUAUGUAUAUUUUUGACUGGUAAGCAGAUAAAUGUCAACCAUUAUUACAUUAUUUUUUAUAUAAAAAACCACAAAUCCAGCAUUAAUGUUUCAGUCUCCAGUUGGGAAAUAUUUUUAUACUGUCUGGUGUAUUUUGUUCAGAUAAAAUUCUGGAUGCUGUUUUAUUUUACAGACCACAAAAUAACCAUGUAGCAGCUUUGUAAUUAGAUUUUAACUAUUUUUACUAUGCGAGUACAGUGAAAUAGACAAUCUUCAGUCAUAAGAGACUGCUUUUAGAGUAUCUCAUAAAAAGUCAUCUUAGGAAAAAAAUCUAGUUGUCUACUAUAGGUUGUCUUUUUUAAACUAAGUACUGUGCACUGCUAAUAUAAUUAGAUGGUUAUUUCCCCUUUCUAAAGCAAAGGGUUAGAAUAAGAUCCAAUAACUGCAAGAUAUAGAGUGCUUGAUCUUUGCUCAGCUGAAUAAUAGACCUGUUCAACUGCAGGCAAAUGUAUUUCUAAUAUUUGCCAUGUAAGUGCAAAUAAUUAUGACUAUGUGGGCCACGUGAAAUGUAGUGAUUCUAAGUAUUCAGAGGUUUUAUAUGUCUAGAUCAAAGAGGAUAUUUCUAAAAUCAUUUAGAAGGGCUUAUUAAUUUAUAUCCUUAUACAAGUAUGGAUCUGAAUGCAAAAAGCAGUUACACUGCUUGCAUUUGAAUUACUGCAUGGCAGUUACCUUGUUCUGCAGGAUCUUCACCAUGCAGCUGUUCCUCAUGCUGAAUUCCUUUUUGCUUUAGUGUAAGCAAAUGAAAGGGCUGCACAAACAAGUAGAUGUUAUCUAGUGUUCCAGCAUUUUGUAAGUGAAGAAAGGUCUUCACACACAAGAUUACUUCAGUUUGAUCCAAAUUCUCUAAUAGCUUUUCCCAGGUAGAGCUGAGAGUUGUAGGUUAUUUUUAAGUGAUAUAUUUCCUGUGGAAGUAGAUGUUCCCAGGAUGCUGGGGGCAGACUGAUGGCGGAAAGGUAGGAAUUCUGCACAAGUGGUACAAGACAAGAAAAAGCUUCCAGUGUUUCCAAAUAGUCUGUGUGUUUAUGACUUUUUUAUCAACAAUUACUCUACAGCUGCAGUGUUACACUAGAUUAUAUAAGGAUGAGAGCAUUUUUUAAAAGACCAAAACUAAAAUACCUAGACUGUAGAGCAUACACAUGCAACCCUGUGCAGCGUCUCAGGCACAACCCUGUAACCGAGGUAGUAUUGUGUAUUAGGUUUGUUAAUACUGUUCCGUGCUGGCAGCUCAGCACACUGAUGUGAAAAGCUGUUUGUUUGUUUGUGAUUUUUUUUCUGUAUCCAAAGGCAAGGCAGUACAGUCACCCCCCAGCACUGUAAGUCAGGAGAGGCUUUGGCCUGAAAGCCAUAAACACCUCGACAUACUUGCAUUCUGCAUGGACUCAUACUCAGCUGAGGCUACCACAGCUGGGUGGUAGGAGCCACCCAGAAUGGGAGAAGCUGCUCUACAAACCUUUAUGAGGAAAGCAAGUGAGAGAUUCAUCACCACAUGGUGAUAAAGAAGGGCUAUACAUGAUGGUUGCAAAUAUGUCUCCUUAAUUCUUGGUCAGUGGCAAUGCAGAGAAGAACAUAGAAUGAGAACAUGGAAGAUGUGUCAAGACUAAGAUAAAUAGCUGUUGUCAUAAAAUGUUAACCAGUCACAUUUAAGUAAGUAUUGCUACUAGGUUUUACACAACCAAAGCUAUAGUAUGAUUGUAAUCUUGCCAAACUGAAAUGGAUAUAUAAAUGAACCUGACGUAUAUGCAAUAAUAUCCAGUUAUUCUAGUUAUCAGCUACUAUAACCAAGUGGCUGGUUCAUUUGGUUAAUGCUGUCUAUGGCCUUUAAUCUUGGUGGUUAUUUUGUGUUUUUUAUUUUGGAAAAAAAGUCAAUAAAACUGUUUAGU